CCGAGCCGAGCUGAGCCGUGCCGAGCCGAGCCGUGCUGUGCUGUGCAGAGCCGUGCCAAGUCAAGCCAAGCUAUGCCGAGUCGAGCUAUAUAGUGGUUAGCCUAGCCGUGUCGAACCGUGCUGAACCGAGCCGGGAGGAGCCCCGACGUUGCGCAAGGCCCGGGGCAGGGCACCGGACCGUACAUAAGGUCGCCAGGGUGUGGGCGUUGCGAGGGCAGUGCCAUGGAGCCGGGUUUGCUGCUGCUGCUGCUGCUGCUAACGGCCCCAUGGGGCCGGGGCUGGGCGACUUCGAGGAACGUAUCGGAGGAGGCGGCGGCGGCACAGGUAGACGGCCCCUCCGUGCGACUCGGUGAGUGCCGGUGUGUCCCGGUUAGGGCAUGGACACAGAGCCAUGGGAUUCGAGGCCGGACAUCACUCUGUGAGGGGAAUAGGAAGAAAAGCCAGCACAGCCCCCAGGGACAGGAUGCAGAUUUGAUGCGCGCAGAGCUGGGGGCGGUGGCAGGAAAGCGUUCCUUCUGUCUCAGGUUGAAUGCAUCCCAACAGCAGUGGUGCUCCUGUGGGCAUUGCGAUGCUCCACGUGCCUGCACUGCUGGGCUGUGCUGGAGGAAGGGGCACCGGGGAUGGUGCAGUGGGUGUGAGGGUGGCAUGGGACCUGCAGCAAGGCUGAGCAGCUCUGGGAUCUGCUGCCCAUGCUGAGCUGCAGGGACCAUGCUGGGAGCUCUAUCACUCCUCCACUGUUCUCCCUCCCAGGGAAGCCUGGUAAGUACUGUGAGACCAACAUGAGCACCACGAACCUCUGUAACAACGUCUGCUCCUCAAAGUGUGCAGGGAGCACGGGAUGCGGACAAGAGUGCCAGCAAGGUGAGGGGUCCCAUCCUCCCAGCAGCCCCACAGGCCCCACAAAGCCUGUGCUCUGCUGUCUGGAGGGUGAUCUGGAUCCUGUGUCCCAUCCUGGCACAAGGAUGGGAUGCUCUGGUCUGGACAGGUCUGAUCACUGCCUGCUGCCUGAGUGCAUCAUGCGCAAGAGCUGUUGCAGGGCCCCUGCACCCCAUCUCUCCUACCCUUCAGUCCCUCUGGUGCAGGGUCUUGUUGUGCCCCCUGCUCUCCACCUGAUAGAUAGGACAGGGAUGGGCACAGGAAGGGGCUGUUGGGGCCCUGACCCCCUGUCACCCCCAGCGAAGGAAGAUUUCCGCCCAUGGAUUGACACCGACCCAACAACCAACUGUAUGAACAAAUGCACAGUUGAGAGCAACUGCAGGGGCAGCGGGAAGUGCUGCCGCAUCGGGUGCCUGUUCCGCUGCCUGCAGCUGGUACCAGCCAGACUGGACACCCACCCCAAGAAGAAGGUUCCGCACAUCAUCGGCUGCUGCAACAGCACCUGCAGCAGUGACACCAACGGCCCCAGUCACCUGCCGUAUUGCUCACCCCUGCGCAGGAGCUCCAACUUCGGUGUCUCUCUGUUCCUGCUGGGGUUGGGCUGCCGCUGGUUCUCUGACCCCAGGGAGCUGUGCUACCUGGCCCCGGAGCACGGCCUGUGCAAGAGGCACAUCUAUUGCUACGCCUACAUCCCUGCCUCGAGGUCGUGCCGGCUGCUUGUGUUCAGCGGCUGCAGGGGGAAUGCCAACAGCUUGGAGAAGUGCCAGCAGGUCUGCGAGUACGGGCUGGAUAAGCGCUGACCUCAGGACCACAGCCCGCCCAGAUCUGCAGAGCCGAUCGUUCUGCCCCACACAAUAAAGCCGCCAGGAUGCCUGGCUUGGAGCAGCACCACUGCCUCUGUCUUGCCUUCCCAACACACCUGCGGGGACGCUGGGGCAGGGAUGGGGCCGGGGCCACAGGGCGGCAGUGGGAGAGCUGGGCAACGCUCGUGGAUGCUGGGCUAAUGACAGCAGCACUGUGGCCACCUCCGCAGCGGGGCUCUGAUAGCCCCAUCCGUAACGGCCCAGCCGGGUGGCACGGAGCCGGGGGGAUGGGGCAGGUCUGGCCGUGGCACAGCCCGGCUGGCGGCAUAGGAAGGCGGCCUCCCAAAAUGGGGUUUUUAUUACAGCCAUACAUCACGGCAGCGGCCCGAUGUGGGCAGACGGAGGUGAUUUUUCUUCAUGGUUUACAGACAAAUGAGGGGAAGGAGAAUUGAUGUGAACUUUGCUAUAGCAUGAGGUUGGCCAUGCGGGCAAGGCGAUGGCUGUGCUUGUGUUGGGCACUGUGUAGAGGGGCUCUGCCCCAGCCCACUCGCACAGCCUGGUGUGCCCCUGCCCCAGCAGCAGCCCCAGCCCCACAGGUACUCACAGCCACCAGCCCCUCUGCAGUCCCAGUAACUGCAUCUCCUGCACAGGUGGAUGGGAGCUUCACGUCUGACCUGAGCAGCGGGGUGAUGCUCAGUGGCUCUGAGCAGAGUUAUUAAUUGCAACUGAUGUUCAUUAGCACUGCAAAUGUGGUGUGGAUGUGCAGCUCCAGGCUGGCUGUUGUUUGGUGAGAUCUUGAUUGCCCUCGCCACAAUUAGAGUUGCCUCGAAACACCACAGUCCUGCCUGGUGUAAGAUAACAGUUAAUACCCUCAAAUAGUGACUAUCAGCUUCUCCAUAAGGUCCAUAAAUAUU